AUGACCUUCCCUGACGACCAAUUCGAUUUCAUUAUCGUUGGAGGUGGAACUUCGGGCCUAGCUGUGGCGGCCCGCCUAUCCGAAGAUCCGAAUGUACAAGUAUGCGUGCUUGAAGCUGGCAAGUCACGAUUGGGAGAUCCGAAUGUCGAUAUGCCGACAGGUGUUGGGAAGAUGUUGAACAAUCCGGAAUAUGACUGGGCGUUUCAGAGUGUGCCUCAAAAAAAUGCAGGAAACCGAGUCUUCCACCUUCCUCGCGGAAAGAUGCUCGGUGGCAGCAGCGGGAUCAACUUCAUGACCUAUACACGCCCAUGUGCUCAAGAUAUCGACGACUGGGCAAACGAGCUGGGACUCAAAGGCUGGUCAUUUGCAGAUUUGCUUCCUUACUUUCAACGUCACCAGCAUAUUGAGAAGGAGUUGAAGAAUAUCGCGGAGCGCGACACGGACGCUUCCCCGCUAGACUAUAAUCUGCAUGGAUGCGAUGGCCCAAUUCACACAUCUUUGCCAACUUGGCAUGUUCCAUUCGAGGAGCCCCUUCUCAGUGCCCUUGAUCAUGAGUCUGGUCUUUCACGACCCGUCGAACCAAACAACGGAGAACAUCUCGGCUUUUUCCGAUCUUUCCUCUCCAUCGAUCGCACGGGGAAGCCGGUCCGCAGCUAUGCCGGAAAUGGGUAUCUGGCCCCCGUACAGGACCGACAAAAUCUGCGAAUCCUCACAGAGGUGACAGUCACCCGUGUCAUACUAGAGGAAGACAUAAAUGGCAGCCUGCUGGCAAAGGGAGUUGAGCUGCUGCAGACAGGCAUGACACGGAAGCUGUUCCCUAAGAAAGAGGUUAUCCUCAGUGCUGGAUCAUUUCAAACCCCUCAAAUCCUGGAAUUGUCCGGUAUUGGGGACCCAGCAGUGCUGGAGAAGGCCCAAAUUCCGUGCGUCCUCCCCAACCCGCAUGUCGGAAAUAAUUUGCAGGAGAAAACCAUGUCUGUGGUUGUCUAUGAGUUGGGACCCGGCGAGAUGUCCCUAGACUCACUCUUCAUGGAUCCCACAUUUGGCAUGAAGCACUUCAAGCUCUACAACGAGGAGCACACCGGUGCAAUGUCAGGUUCCGCGAGUCUUAUGGGUUUCCUCCCAUUCUCAUCCCAGGUCAAUGACGCAGAGUUCAACAAGCUGCUCUUGACAAUGGAUAAGGGGUCAAAGCUUUCAUCGCAAGAUGCCGAGUUUCAGGACAAGCAGUACAAGGCAAUCGCCGCCCGCAUGCGCCAAUCUACCUCGGCUGAUAUCCAAAUCGUGGGCUCACCCGCCAAUUUCAAUAUCGCUGCUGGCUUUGAAAACUGUGCCAAAUUGAUUUCCGGGCCCCCUGGAGACAAGCCCUGUUACGCGACAAUUGUCAGCAACAUGUAUCCUCUGUCCCGCGGCAGUGUUCACGUGGUUUCUUCCGAUCCGUUAGAGGCCCCAGAGAUUGACCCGGGAUUCCACUCCCACCCAGCCGAUGCGCAUGUCCUUGCAGCCGGUGUUAAGUUUGCUGAUCGGGUUUUCAAGUCGGUACAGCUCGAGGGCAAGGUUGGAAAGCGAGUCGAUCCGCCUCCCGAGGUUGACCUUGACGAUGAGAAUGCGGCGCAGCAAUUUGUUCGUGAUCGUAUCGUCAGCUAUCACCAUGCAUUGGGCACUUGUGCUAUGGGCCAGGUUGUGGAUGAACGGCUCCGAGUGAAGGGUGUGCGAGGGCUUCGUAUUGUGGAUGCCAGUGUUUUGCCGAUGCAGGUGAGCGCAGCUAUUAUGCCGACUGUUUAUGCUGCCGCGGAGAAGGGAGCGGAUUUGAUUAAAGAGGAUCACUCUCGUCAGUCCUCGUGA